CUGGGGAUGGUUCAUUCUGAGAUAUGGUACCUCCAGCAUCAUUGGUGGGAGAAAGUUCGUGAGGCUUAUGGUAGUAGAUAUUUGGAUAACCUACUAUAUUCCGGGACAAAAAUUGACAUAGAAGUCCACUUGGAGAAUUGCACUAAGGCUCUUCAUGAGGCUAUUGCCAUCCCAAGAGGUGCAGUCUCUAUAUCAAGUUUUCAAAAGCUGAAGGCUUACAAUCGGAUAGAGAGCCUUGUAGAAUUUUGGAGGAUCGCACUCUGUGAGGCUGCUGAAAUUUCGAGGUUGGUAGUCCAGCACUACAGAGGAAUAACGGAUAAUGAGAUCAACUACAUCGAGAAGCAUGCUAGGGACGCACUUCAUGAAGCUGCUGGCAUCUCCGGGGUUGUAAUCCUUAAUUCUAGGAAUGAAAGUGAAGCUGUGAAAAAUAUUGUUAAAAAUGUUACAAGUUUGUUGGACAAGAUAGAGUUGUUUGUUGCCCAUAAUCCUGUCGGAGUAGAAUCUCGAGUGCAAGAAAUGGUUCAAUUGCUACAACAAAAACAAUCAAACGAUGUUCUACUACUUGGGGUAUGGGGGAUGGGAGGCAUCGGUAAAACAACUAUUGCAAAAGCAAUUUACAAUAAGAUUGGGCAAAAUUUUGAGGGAAGGAGUUUCCUUGCAGAUAUUAGGGACGUUUGGGGGCAAGAAGCUGGCCACGUUUGCUUACAACAACAACUUCUAUUUGAUAUCCACAAAGAAAACAAUAUAAAGAUACAUAACAUUGAAUCAGGAAAAGUUAUACUAAGAGAAAGACUUCGCCAUAAAAGGAUACUUCUUAUACUUGAUGAUGUAAAUAAAUUACAGCAAUUAAAUGCUUUGUGUGGAAAUCGUGAAUGGUUUGGUUCAGGGAGUAGAAUAAUCAUCACAACCAGAGACAUACAUUUACUUAGAGGGAAAAGAGUUGAUCAAGUUUUCGCAAUGACAGGAAUGAAUGUAGAUGAAUCUAUUGAGCUUUUUAGUUGGCAUGCAUUUAAACAAGCAAGUCCCAAAGAAGAUUUUAUUGAACUUUCAAGAAACGUAGUUGCUUAUGCUGGGGGCUUGCCACUUGCUCUUGAAGUCCUUGGGUCUUAUUUGUUUGAUAUGGAGGUAACAGAAUGGAAGACUGUAUUGGAAAAACUUAGGAAAAUUCCUAAUGAUGAAGUACAGGAGAAGUUAAAAAUAAGCUAUGAUGGUUUAAGUGAUGAUACUGAGAAAGGAAUAUUCCUUGACAUAGCAUGUUUCUUUAUAGGAAAGGAUCGAAAUGAUGUUAUACAUAUAUUGAAUGGUUGUGGACUUUUCGCAGAAAAUGGAAUACGUGUCUUGGUAGAGCGAAGUCUUGUAACUGUGGAUGAUAAGAACCAACUUGGAAUGCAUGAUUUGCUACGGGACAUGGGAAGGGAAAUAAUUCGUUCAAAAUCACCAAUGGAGCUUGAGGAGCGUAGCAGGUUAUGGUUUCAUGAGGAUGUGCUUGAUGUGUUAUCAAAAGAAACUGGAACAAAAUUUAUUGAGGGAUUGACUUUGAAGUUACCUAGAAGUAAUACAAAAUCUCUGUGCACUAAAGCAUUUAUGAACAUGAAGAAACUCAGGUUGCUGCAACUUUCUGGUGUAGAACUUGUUGGAGAUUUUGAAUAUCUUUCCAAAGACCUGAGAUGGCUUUGUUGGCAUGGAUUUCCUUUUGCCUUCAUACCAACAAGCUUUUAUCAAGGAAGUCUAGUUUCUAUUGAGUUAGAAAAUAGUAAGAUUACCAUGGUGUGGAAAGCGACUCAGCUGAUGGAGAAGUUGAAAAUUCUUAAUCUUAGCCAUUCUCAUUAUUUAACAAAGACACCAGACUUUUUGAAUUUGCCUAAUCUUGAAAAGCUUAUACUCAUGGAUUGUCCAAGGCUGUCUGAAGUUUCAUAUACCAUUGGUCAUCUCACCAAAGUUCUACUAAUAAACUUUCAAGAUUGUAUUAGCCUUCGUAACCUUCCAAGAAGUAUCUAUAAGUUGAAAUCUCUUAAAACACUCAUUCUUUCGGGUUGUCUAAAGAUUGAUAAGUUGGAAGAGGACAUAGAACAGAUGGAGUCUUUGACAACCCUUGUUGCUGACAAGACUGCUAUAAGAAGGGUGCCCUUUUCAAUAGUCAGAUCUAAAAGUAUUGGAUAUAUUUCAUUAUGUGGUUAUGAAGGAUUUUCCUGCGAUGUGUUUCCCUCUAUCAUUUGGUCUUGGAUGUCACCAGUAAAUAGUCUGUCUUCUCGUGUUCAAACAUUGGUGGACAUGUCUUCUCUUGUUUCUUUAGAUGUACAAAAUAGCAGUUCCAAUCAGCUAUCAUAUAUAUCUGAGGAGCUUCCAAAGUUUCAAAGUCUUUGGAUAGAGUGUGGUUCUGAUCUUCAACUUUCUCGAGAUACAACGAGUAUUUUGGAUGCUUUAAAUGCGACAAAUUCUGAAGAAUCGGAGUCAUAUGGAACAACAUCACAAAUGCAGAAUGUAUUUACAUUAAUUGAAAGCAAUUCAAGAUCUAAAUUGUUUGAGAAGACACUUUUAAUUCAAAUGGGAAGCAGUUGGGAAAUCACACAUAUUCUGAAACAGAGAAUUUUGCAGAAUAUGACUACGAGUAAUGGCGGUGAUUGUUUGCUACCUGGUGAUUGUUUGCUACCUGGCGAUUGUUAUCCAGAUUGGUUAACUUUCAGCAGCGAAGGUUCUUCUGUGACUUUUGAAAUUCCUGAAGUGAAUGGGCGUAGCUUGAAGACAAUGAUGUGCCAUAUCCAUUAUUCUUCCUCAGACAGUAUAACAUCAGACGGCCUGAAAAAUUUGUUGGUGAUAAAUCACACAAAGAGCACCAUUCAGCUUUAUAAGAGAAAUGCAUUAGCGUCGUUUGAUGAUGAGGAGUGGCAGAGGGUACUAUCAAACAUUGAGCCUGGAAACAAGGUGCAAAUUGUUGUUGUUUUCUGGAACAGAAUAACUGUUAACAAGACAUCAAUUUAUCUUAUAUAUGAGGCAAUUGAUGAAAAAGUAGAGCACUAUCAUGCAUCAAAUAUGAAUGUUCCUAGGUCGAUCUCUCCCGGAGUGGAAUCCAUGGAGGACUUGAGGGGUGCUUCCGUUAAAAGCUUAACUAAACGCUUAUUGAACGAAUUCUUAUCAUGUAAAUACUUUUGUAAAGGGAAAGUUGAUAAGAAGAAAAAUCAAGGUUAAAAAUGGUGAAUGAAUGUUUUUAUGGUUA